AUGAUGAAAGCCGCCUUCUCCCUGCUCCUGCUGCUGGUGACCCUGUCCUCCACUCUGGGCAAGUACAUCCCCAAGUCCGGCAAGAGGAUCCCCCAGACGCUGGCCCGAGGAUGGGGCGACCAGCAGAUCUGGGCUCAGACCUAUGAGGAGGGGCUCUACUGGUCCAGGUCCAGGAACAAGCCCCUGAUGGUGAUUUUCCACCUGGAGGACUGUCCUCACAGUAAAGCUCUGAAGAAAAUCUUUGCUGACAACAACGAGAUCCAGAAGAUAUUGGACGAGGACUUUGUGGUGCUCAACCUGGUGUAUGAAACCACAGACAAGCAUCUCUCCCCUGACGGCCAGUAUGUGCCCAGAGUCAUCUUUGUCGACCCCUCCAUGACGGUGAGAGCAGACAUCGUGGGUCAAUACUCCAACCGCAUGUACGCCUACGAGCCCAGCGACAUCAAGCUGUUGUUGGACAACAUGAAGAAGGCAAAGAAGCUGCUGAAGUCCGAGCUGUGA